GAGCGGCUUGGCGCGCUGCGCGGUUCCUCCUCUGCCCUUGGACCGGCGCUUUUACCUUGGUGGAUGGAGGAGAAAGAUGUCGGUGAAAGGGGGCGGAACGACGCGGUUUUAUUUCAACACAGUCUUGUCGCUCGCUCGGUCUUUGGCAGCAAGUCGGCCAGCUGCAGUUGACAAGGUUCAGAAGUUGCAAUGCAUGUGUCCUGUGGAUUUCCGGGGAGUCUUUCAGCUGGACGAGCGUCGCCGGGAUGCCGUCAUCGGGCUCGGCAUCUUCCUCGUGGAGUCUGACUUACAGCACAAAGACGUCAUUGUUCCCUAUCUGCUGGGUUUGCUGAAAGGGCUGCCACGGGUUCAAUGGAUCGAAGACAACACUCAAAGGAAAGGGCGAGAGACCCUGCCUACAGCAGAGAACUUCUGCUUUUGCCUGGUGACCCUGCUGUCGGAUGUGGUACAAAGAGACGUGGCGCUGCGAGGCCAGGUUUUGGAAGCUGUGGAGGAUGUCAUGCAGGUUCUUCUGAAAAUUUGUCAGAAACCAGAAGACCACGAUAAAGAGUACCUAUGCAGAUACACAGUGCCCUGCCUGCUGGGUGUGGUCCGAGCAUUUGGUCGCUACAGCAACACAUCUGAGGCUCUGCUGUCCAAGCUGUUUCCCCGGACAUUGCCGCUGGCAGCACAUACAGGUGACAGCUCUGAUGGAGCACCACGCCGCUCCUUCAGUGACUUCCGCUCCAUUCUGCCAAGCCCCCUGCUCACAGCCUGCAAGGGGGAUGGUGCCCGACGCAAGAUGGGCAGUGCUUCGGCUUCUCAGCAGGCCAGCCCAGAGCGUGGAGGACACCCCCCAACCUCCCCAGAGGACUCCUCUACCCAGUACUUUGAGGGUUCCUACUUCCUGGACGGCAGCACGGUGGACCCUGACUACUACUUCUCCACCAUCAGCUCCAGCUUUUCUGUCUCCCCACUCUUCACGGGAGGGAGCAACCGCAGGGAGAUCGAUGUCCCGUUGGACUUGCUGAGGCAGUUGCUUCACAUGGUUGAACAGUGCGUUGGAGACUCAUUUCUGAAAACUCUAGAUGCAACUGUGGCUGAGUUUCUGGAGGAAAAUCCUGGUAUUGAGCUCUACUAUAAGACCUUCAGCGAUCCUCUAUAUGUGACCAUGUUUAAAAUGCUGAGGGACACCUUGUAUUACAUAAAAGACCUCCCGACUUCCUUCGUGAAGGAGGUGCAUGAUUUUGUGCUGGAGCAGUUCAGCAGCAGCCAGUCAGAGCUGCAGAAGAUCCUGCACGAUGUGGAGCGCCUCCACGGUGAUCUGAGCCCACUAAAGCUCCGUUGCCAGGCCAACGCUGCCUGCGUUGAUCUCAUGGUGUGGGCCGUCACUGAGGAGCAAGGGGCUGAGAAUCUCUGUACAAAGUUGUCAGAGAAGCUGCAGUCCAAGACCUCAAGCAAGGUCGUCAUGGCCCACAUGCCUCUGCUGGUUUGCUGCCUGCAGGGUCUGGGGUGUCUUUGCGAGCGCUUCCCAGUGGUGGCCCACUCUGUUACCAUGUCCCUCCGUGAUUUCCUGGUGCUGCCCUCUCCUGUCCUAGUGAAGCUGUACAAGUACCAUAACCAGUACAGCGCAGGUCCUGGAGAGCUGAAGAUCAGUGUGACCAAUGAGCACUCUCAGUCAACCUUCAGUAUGUCCAACAAGAAGAGCCAGCCAUCCAUGUACGAACAGCUCAGGGACAUCUCCAUAGACAACAUCUGCAGGUGUCUGAAGGCGGGUCUCACCAUGGAUGCUGUGAUUGUGGAGGCCUUCCUGGCCACCCUAUCCAACCGACUUUACAUAUCCCAAGAAAAUGACAAGGAGGCCCUCCUCAUCCCAGACCAUACCAUCCGUGCUCUGGGCCACAUUGCAGUAGCGCUGAGGGAUACGCCUCGUGUGAUGGAGCCCAUCCUGCAGAUUCUACAGCAAAAGUUUUGUCAGCCACCUUCCCAGCUAGAUGUGCUCAUCGUUGACCAGUUGGGUUGCAUGGUCAUCACUGGCAAUCAAUACAUUUACCAGGAGGUGUGGAACCUAUUUCAGCAGAUUAGUGUUAAAGCCAGCUCAAUGGUGUACUCCACCAAAGAGUACAAAGACCAUGGAUACAGACACUGUUCCCUGGCUGUGAUCAACGCACUGGCCAACAUUGCUGCGAACCUGCAGGGAGAGCAGUUGGUGGAUGAGCUGCUGGUCAAUCUCUUGGAGCUGUUUGUUCAACUGGGCUUGGAGGGCAAGAGGGCCAGUGAGCGUGCGAGUGAGAAGGGUCCUGCCCUCAAGGCUUCAAGCAGUGCUGGCAAUCUUGGGGUUCUCAUUCCAGUCAUUGCUGUGCUGACCAGGCGGUUGCCACCCAUCAAGGAAGCCAAGCCACGGCUGCAGAAGCUCUUCCGGGACUUCUGGCUGUACUCUGUAGUGAUGGGCUUUGCUGUGGAAGGCUCAGGGUUGUGGCCACAGGAGUGGUACGAGGGGGUAUGUGAAAUAGCCACCAAGUCACCCCUGCUGACUUUCCCAAGUGGGGAGCCCCUGCGUUCAGAACUACAGUACAACUCCGCCCUCAAGAACGACACUGUCACCCCAGCAGAGCUGAAUGAUUUAAGGAGCACCAUCAUCAACCUGUUGGACCCUCCCCCAGAGGUGGCCGCCUUGGUGAACAAGUUGGACUUUGCCAUGUGCACAUAUCUGUUGUCUGUGUACCGCCUGGAGUACAUGAGGAUGUUGCGCUCAUCUGACUUGGACCGCUUCCAGGUGAUGUUCCGCUACUUUGAGGACAAAGCCAUUCAGAAGGAUAAAUCAGGGAUGAUGCAAUGUGUGAUAGCUGUGGGUGACAAGGUCUUUGAAGUCUUCCUUCAGAUGAUGGCAGAGAAGCCCAAAACCAAAGAACACGAGGAAGAGCUGGAACACCAUGCCCAGUUCCUGCUGGUCAAUUUCAAUCACACCCAUAAAAGGGUCCGCAGGGUGGCUGACAAGUACCUGUCUGGCCUGGCUGAAGCCUUCCCCCACCUUCUAUGGAGUGGUCGGGUGCUGAAGACUAUGUUGGACAUUCUACAGACUCUGUCCCUCUCACUCAGUGCAGACAUCCAUAAGGACCAACCAUAUUACGACAUCCCCGACACACCCUACCGGAUCACUGUGCCAGACACACAAGAGGGCAGAGAGGGCAUUGUGAAGGAUUUUGCAGCCCGCUGCGGGGAGAUCUUGAGGGAGGCAGUAAAGUGGGCUCCUUCUGCCACCAAGUCCCACCUCCAAGAAUACCUGAACAAGCACCAGAACUGGGUAUCGGGGCUGACCCAGCAUACCGGCCUGGCUAUGGCCACUGAGAGUGUACUACACUUUGCUGGGUAUAACCGUCCGAGCGCCACACUGGGGGCUACCCAGCUCAAUGAAAGACCAGCAUGUGUCAAGAAGGAUUAUUCCAACUUCAUGGCAUCCCUCAACCUUCGGAAUCGAUAUGCAGGAGAGGUGGCAGGGAUGAUCCAGUUCUCAGAGGCCACUCGCUGCCCUUCAGACCUCAGCAGGCUGGUGGUCCGGCGGGUCGAUGAGGCCUUGGCAGGGGGGGAGCCACAGGCCUUCACCGAGGCCAUGUUCAAAUUGGCUGCCCUGCUCAUCAGCUCAAAGGAUAGCAACCCUCAGCUCCUGCACCAUCUCUGCUGGGCACCGCUGAAGAUGUUCACAGAGCAUGGCAUGGAAACAGCCAUUGCUUGCUGGGAAUGGCUGCUGGCUGCCCGGGCAGGCAUAGAGGUCCCGUUCAUGCGGGAGAUGGCCAGUGCAUGGCAGAUCACGGUGGAGCAGAAGAUGGGGCUGUUCUCCGAAACCCAGGUAGAGGCUGACCCACUAGCUGCGUCGGAGGAGAGCCAGCCCAUGCCUUGCCCCCCUGACGUCAUCCCCCACUAUAUUUGGAUAGAGUUUCUUGUCCAGCGGUUUGAAAUCGCCAAGUAUUGCAGUGUGGACCAGGUGGAGAUCUUUGCCAGCCUCGUGCAACGGUCACUCUCGCUCAGUGUGGGUGGGCCCUCCAGCAGCCUAAACCGCCACGUGGCAGCCAUUGGAUCCCGCUAUAGGCUUCUCACACUGGGCCUUUCCCUGCUCCACUCGGACAUGGUAACCAACAUUACCAUCCGCAAUGUCCUUCGGGAGAAGAUUUAUUCCACUGCCUUUGACUAUUUCAGCGUCCACCCUAAGUUCCCCACCCAGGGGGACAAACAGCUCCGUGAAGACAUCAGCAUCAUGACUAAGUUCUAUGCCGGGAUCCUGUCGGACAAGAAGUACCUGGCUGCUGGACAGCUGGUGACCCCUGGCGAGACUGCGACAAACCCUCCACAGAGCUCCCUUUCAGCAGGCAUAUUUGGGUCCCUCAUUGUGUCCAGUACUACACCCAUAUCCAUACUGAACAGCCAAGACUCGUCCCUGAACAGCUUAUCUGUCAUGGCUGGGGCCGACUCCCGGACCAAUGUGGAUUCGCGGCAGCAAAGUGCACAGGGAUGGAUAAAUACCUACCCUUUGUCCAGUGGUGUAUCCAGCAUCUCCAAGAAAUCAGGGCAAUCCAAGAAGAGCAACAGGGGGACUCAACUUCACAAGUACUAUAUAAAACGCAGGACACUGCUGCUGGCCCUGCUGGCCAGCGAGAUUGAGCGUCUGACAACCUGGUACAACCCCCUAUCAACACAGGAGCUGGCCAUUGCCACAGAGCAGUCGGUGGAGACAAGCAUUGCCAACUGGAGGUCCAAGUACAUAAAUCUGAGCGAGAAGCAGUGGAAGGACAAUGUCAACUUGGCAUGGAGCAUUGCACCCUACCUUGCCAUGCAGCUGCCAGCCAGGUUCAAGAAUGCAGAAGCCAUAGUGGCAGAGGUGACCCGUCUGGUACGGCUGGAUCCAGCUGUGGUCAGUGACGUCCCUGAGGCUGUCAAGUUCCUGGUGACGUGGCACACCAUUGAUGCCGACUCCCCAGAGCUAAGCCACGUCCUGUGCUGGGCACCUACUGACCCCCCUACAGGGCUCUCCUACUUCUCCAGCAUGUACCCUCCUCAUCCUCUAACAGCACAGUACGGGGUCAAAGUGCUACGCUCCUUCCCACCUGAUGCCAUUUUAUUCUACAUUCCUCAAAUCGUUCAAGCGCUCCGGUAUGAUAAGAUGGGUUAUGUGCGCGAGUACAUCCUGUGGGCAGCCCAGAAGUCCCAGCUGCUGGCACACCAGUUCAUCUGGAACAUGAAGACUAACAUCUACCUGGAUGAGGAGGGCCAUCAGAAAGACCCUGACAUUGGUGAUUUGCUGGAGCGUAUGGUAGAGGAGAUCAUUGGGUCACUAUCAGGGCCUGCUAAGGACUUUUACCAACGCGAGUUUGACUUCUUCAACAAGAUCACCAAUGUCUCUGCCAUCAUUAAACCCACCCCCAAGGGAGAAGAAAGAAAGAGGGCUUGUUUGAAGGCCUUGUCUGAAAUUAAAGUCCAGCCUGGCUGCUAUCUGCCUAGCAAUCCUGAGGCCAUUGUGUUGGAUAUUGACUACAAGUCUGGUACACCUAUGCAAAGUGCUGCUAAAGCACCUUACUUGGCCAAGUUCAAAGUGAAGCGUUGUGGGGUCAGUGAGCUGGAGAGAGAAGGGCUCCGCUGCCAGUCUGACUCCCUGGAGGAGGGAGAGGAGAGUGGGGAUGGUGAACGCAGGAUCUGCUGGCAGGCAGCUAUCUUUAAGGUUGGAGAUGACUGCCGACAGGACAUGCUGGCUCUUCAAAUCAUUGGCCUCUUCAAGAACAUCUUCCAGCUUGUGGGCCUGGACUUGUUUGUUUUCCCUUAUAGGGUGGUGGCUACAGCCCCAGGGUGUGGUGUUAUUGAGUGUAUCCCAGACUGCAAGUCAAGAGACCAGCUGGGUCGCCAGACUGACUUUGGGAUGUACGACUACUUCCGGAACCAGUAUGGGGAUGAAUCCACUCUAGCAUUCCAGAAGGCUCGGUACAACUUCAUCCGCAGUAUGGCAGCCUACAGUCUGCUGCUCUUCCUGUUGCAGAUCAAGGAUCGUCACAAUGGCAACAUCAUGCUGGACAGCAAGGGCCAUCUUAUCCAUAUCGACUUUGGCUUCAUGUUUGAGAGCUCCCCUGGAGGGAACCUUGGCUGGGAGCCAGACAUCAAACUGACAGACGAGAUGGUGAUGAUCAUGGGUGGCAAAAUGGAGGCAACACCCUUCAAGUGGUUCAUGGAGAUGUGUGUUCGGGGGUACUUGGCUGUCAGGCCCUACAUGGAUGCGGUCGUAUCUCUGGUAACACUGAUGCUGGACACUGGUCUGCCUUGCUUUAGGGGGCAAACAAUAAAACUGCUUAAGCAGAGAUUCAAUCCUACCAUGAGUGAGAAGGAGGCUGCUGCCUUCAUCAUUAAAGUCAUUCAGAGCUGCUUUCUCAGCAGCAGGAGCAAAACCUAUGACAUGCUCCAGUACUACCAGAACCAAAUUCCAUACUGAGAGACCGUCAAUCAACAAAACGAUGUUCCCCUUCUGUGCACUUUAACAAUCUUCCAGGUCUCUUUCAGCUCUGUUGUGGAAGAAAAUAACAAAACUGAGCCAAGCAAAUUACAUGUUGUAUUCUUGACUUACCAUUCAUUUUGUUUCCUGUAGCUGGGCUACCUGUCCUGUUACUUGAGCCCUUUAAAUAAGUCUUGAUGUUACAAUUGUUCAUUGUUGUCUUUUUAAAAGAAUUUAUUUUCUUAAAUGUUUGCACUUUGAAAUUCAAUAGAGAUUUUAUCUUACUUGAAAUGUUAAGGACUGGGUUAUGUUACCCAAGAAGCCAUUUAAAUUGGUAUAGCACAGAUAUUUCUGUCACCUCAACAUCUAUCCCGAAAAACCUUCAGAUGUAUUACUGUUCCAUGUGUUUGUUGGCAGUGUUCCUGAUUGUGUGAACUCUUUCCUGAUUACGUGUUCAGUGUGAUUCAAGUUGCUGUGCUGUUUGUUUCCAUCUGAUAAUGGUGUUGUGAGGUUGAAAAGGAACUAAAUUUUUGCCCAUGUGAGAAGUUGUUUUCAUAUGUUAUGUUAACAAUAUUUAUCUUAGAACAAUGUGAAAUAGUUUAGAAUUAUAUACCCUAUCUGUAUCGAUUAUAUCAAUACUGUUCAGACACUAUAUGCAUAUUCAGUAUCAACUUCAGAAAAAAGUCAAAUGAAUAGUUUUCCAUUUAAAAACUUGAAUCUACUGAGGUAGAAUAACAUUUUCUACCUUAGGACAGCAGCACACUGAAGAGACGUCACUCCUGUUUUGGUGACGGUCAAUAAAAUCAGUUGACAACAGUGAAACGACAAAUAAUUUGAGUAGUCCUAGAGAGGUUCGGUUAGCUUAUGAGUCAAAUUUUAUGACUGACUGCCUUUUUUUAAGCCAAGCCUUUUUGUAUUUCUAACUGUGACUAUGCUGAGGAAGUGUGUGGUGUAACAGCAGAUGUGUGAAUGGUCAAAUGUUUGUCUGAAGGCUACAUCUCACCUUAGAACCCGAUGAAAAUGUGCAGUUAUUGCUUUAAAUUGUGAAAGGAAAAUAAUCAAACGAUCCAAGAGCAUAGCAAUGUCCAGAGGUAAUUCCACAGAGUGGCUGGUAUUCUGGGAAGGUGUGUGAAGGUAUCAAUGGAGUAAGGCUAGCUCAUCGUCUUCAUACUGGUGUGGCUUCAGCUGCUGCUACAAACUGAGUGGAGAUGGUAAAAGUCUAUUUAGUGCAAAAACAGAUAGCAACUCAGUUUUUCCAUAAACCCACCUCUGUCCUAUUCAGGCUGUUAGUGUGUGAGUAUUAAAGCUACAUGAAGUAUUUAAGACAUAGCUCGCAUUUACAUAUUUAAUGUGUAGUAACAGAUCUGUAACUACCUUUGCAUGUUAAGAAGGUUAAGUAAAAAGACCUGUGUUGGAAAAUAAAUGGAUAAAGUUUAGUUUGCAUUGUUGCUCCAAGUGUUUCAUUUGUACUGUCUAGUAACAGAUUUGAAGUAUUUUAUCCUCUGUUGGAAUGA